AUGCGGGUCCUCAUACUAACCUUUUGCCUGAUUGGGGCCGUCCUUACCAAACCCAUUUCUUUCAAUGAUGUUGCCGAGUCGAGCGAAUCAAGCGAAUGGGCCCAGACUGGAGGUUCCUAUCAGCAUUACAACCAACAGCAGACUGGAGGGUCCUAUGAUCCCCAACCCUAUCAACAUUACAACCCCCAGUACCAGCAACAGAGCUCGGAGGAAAAUGGCCAACAAGCUCAGGCAUCGUAUGAUCUGCAUUCCUACCAACAUUACCUCAAGCAGUACCAACAACAGGCUCAAAGCGGAGGUUCCUAUGAUCCACACUAUCAGCAUUACCUCCAACAGUACCAAUACCAACAGAGUUGGGAUCCACAUUAUGCUAGUUACGUGCACCAACCCGCAAGUCAGUCAAAUGAGCACAAACAGCACCCUCAGGAAGCAGACACAACAAGCACGGCUGUUGAAAGCCAUGACAGUACCGGCAGUGAGAGCAAUGAAGCCAAGGACCAAAGCUAUCCCAUCCAGGCACCAGAAGAGAGCUUCGGAACGGACGACAGCAAGAGCACCAGUCAUGAAAACAGUCAGACCGAAGACAGCACAAGCAGCGAAAGCUCUGAGUCCAAUGAGACCACCAUAACUGACACAAAUGAGGGUAGUGACAGCCAUGACUCCAGUCAAACCAGUAACAAGAUCCUUGUCAUCAAGACCAUACUAAUGAGCAGUGUGAUAGACAGUAGUCAAACCAGCAAGGGUAGUCAGGAAACCAGCAGUGAAAGUAGUGAGACCAGUAAGGCCAACGACAACAUAAGCAGUGAGACCAGUAAAGCCAGCGACAACACCAGCAGUGAAAGCAGUGAAACCAGUAAGGCCAGCAACAACACCGGCAGUAAAAGCAGGAAAACCGGUAAGGCCAGCGAGAAGGUCCAUGCCGUCAAGACCAUAUUGGUGAGCAACGUGAUUGACAACAGUCAAACCAGCAAGGAUAGUCAUGAAACCAGCAGUGAAAGGAGUGAGACCAGUAAGGCCAGCGACAACAUCAGCAGUGAAAGCAGUGAGACCAGUAAGGCCAGCGACAACAUCAGCAGUGAAAGCAGUGAGACCAGUAAGGCCAGCGAUUAUAGCAGCAGUGAAAGCAGUGAGACCAGUAAGGCCAGCGACAACAUCAGCAGUGAAAGCAGUGAGACCAGUAAGGCCAGCGAUUAUAGCAGCAGUGAAAGCAGUGAGACCAGUAAGGCCAGCGAUUAUAGCAGCAGUGAAAGCAGUGAGACCAGUAAGGCCAGCGACAACAUCAGCAGUGAAAGCAGUGAGACCAGUAAGGCCAGCGACAAUAGCAGCAGUGAAAGCAGUGAGACCAGUAAGGCCAGCGACAAUAGCAGCAGUGAAAGCAGUGAGACCAGUAAGGCCAGCGACAAUAGCAGCAGUGAAAGCAGUGAGACCAGUAAGGCCAGCGACAAUAGCAGCAGUGAAAGCAGUGAGACCAGUAAGGCCAGCGACAACACCAGCAGUGAAAGCAGUGAGACCAGUAAGGCCAGCAACAAUAGCAGUAGUGAGACCAGUAAGGCCAGCGACAACGUCAGCAGUGAGAGCGGUGAAAAGGUCAUCAACAUCCACAGUAGUGACACCUACCAGACAAUUAAGGCUAAUGUACUAAGCUACAGCAUCAAGAGCGUAAAUGAUAUUGUUGACAACAGUGAAAGCAGCAGUGAAGAAGUAAGUGACACCAGUAGGACCAUCAAUGACAGCACUAAGGUCACUGGCAGUAACAGUCAUGACACCAGCAGCCAUGAAAGCAGUGAAUCUAGUGACACCACCAGUCUUAAAAGCAGUGAAUCCAGUGACACCACCAGUCUUAAAAGCAGUGAAUCCAGUGACACCACAAGUCUUGAAAGCAAUGAAUCCAGUGACACCACCAGUCUUGAAAGCAGCGAAUCCAGUGGGACCAGCAACCAUGAAAGCAGUGAAUCCAGCGAUACCACCAGCCAUGAAAGCAGUGAAUCCAGUGAGACCACCAGCCAUGACACCAGUGGAACCUCAAAGGCCAGUGACAGUACCAGCCAUGAAAGCAGUGAAUCCAGUGAGACCACCAGCCAUGACACCAGUGGAACCUCAAAGGCCAGUGACAGUACCAACCAUGAAAGCAGUGAAUCCAGUGAGACCACCAGCCAUGACACCAGUGGAACCUCAAAGGCCAGUGACAGUACCAGCCAUGACACCAGUGGAACCUCAAAGGCCAGUGACAGUACCAGCCAUGAAAGCAGUGAAUCCAGUGAGACCAGCAACCCAGAGUGUCAGAAUGGGGCGGAGAGCUGCGAGAGCGAGGAGUAUUUCUUCCAGGACAUCGGCGACGAUGCCCACUACUCAGUGGACCAUCUGAUGGUGCCAGAUGAAGAUGACAUGGAGUUACGCCUGCGAAGAAGAUGACCUCACCUCCACCUCCACCUCCACCUCCACCUCCCACAUUCACUUCAACACUAUCCAAUAAGCUGACUAAACAUAUCAGGUGGAAUAUAGAAUAUUGUUUUGACUCUUGAAAGUUAUUUUUGGGAUCAUCAUAUUGUUACCUAUGUGUGUGUGUGUGUGUGUUUGUGUGUGUGCACGUGUGUGUGCACGUGUUUGUGUUGAAAACAUUUUGACCUCUAGUGUGUUGCAG